AUCCAUCCUCUAUGUCAGGAGAUGAGGAUGGAGUCGGGUCAUUGGGCGCAUCAUGGCGCAUCAUGGCGCCAUAACGAUAAGUCCCCUUCUUCCACGGUCUCCAAGCGUAAGGUGGGCAGGGCAGUACAAUAUCCCUUCCUGACGUCGUAAUCGGAGUCUUGGAAUCUCAUAACCUCAUGCGACACCAUAUAGCAGAUGAUGCGUCUGGCAAGGCCGGUCAGUCGACUUUCAAACAAUGGGAAUUGCUUGACGACAGCCAACAACCUCUCUGCCAAGCCCGCAGGACGGCGCAGCACGCUCACAUCCUUCGACAAUCUCAAGCGUGACAACUACUCAAACACCACGCUCGCGCGAUAUUCGACUCUGCUAUACUCAACGUCUCGGCCUGCCACCGCUCCUCAGGACUCGGCGCAUCGCCGGGACGAUGUGCGCGAUAAAGGUCACCGCUCUAGACUCCCAGUGACAUCUUCGUCCCUAUCGCCCUGGUCCUCUAUAUAUACCACAGCCCGCCUUUGCGUUGAUCCGUGGCCGAUGAAGCUCCUGAGGGAAGGUCCAGCUCAAUCUUCGCUCUGGCAUACGCCUCGCCGAAUCAUCCACAGCCACGACAGGUCGAAUCAGAGCGCUCUAGACGAAAGAUGACUGCACAUCCAGACCAGCCGCAAUGAUGAAUAACCUCCAGAUUGACAUGGCCGCAAGUAUAUAGUACACGUUUCUUCACGCACAUUCCUGCGGCUGAUUGUUGGUGCCUGGAAGCAAAGGAGAUUUGGUAUAUAUCAUUGCUGACUCUUUUAAUGAAGAUACUCAGGCCGUCAUGCUGUUGAGAGAUGUGUUUUCUUCUUAAAGCCAGAAACGUGCUUGGCCUGACUCGGACUGGAAGGCUGACAGACCCGGGCAGUCUGGGAACAGCAGAUCGAUGCGCGGACAGCUUGUUGUACGUAGAUUGGGAGUAGUUUAUGCUCGUAUAAGCUGAGUCUGUGCCG